ACCAGGAUUAUAUCCUAUUCCUGAUGAUUAUCAAAUAGAGGUCUUUUGGGGGUGUAGUGAAAAAAAUCAUGUUCAAGUAUCGAUUAAUUAUAUUGAAAGAAUACCACAUUUUAAAAUUGAAUGGAUACAUGAUAUGCGAGAAUAUGAACAUUUUCUAGAAUACUUGCAAUUAUAUGAAGAAUUAACUAAAACUGUACCAAAAACAAAUCAAUCACGAUAUAUUAAGCCCCUUAGUGAUAUUAGUAAUUCUUUAUAUAGAAAAAAAAUUAAAAUAGCUACUGAAAAUUUAUUCAAUGAUUUUGAAACAGAAAAAAAUAAAAUUUGGCAUUCUUUAAAUAAUCCUAAGCUUAAAGAAAUAGUAUUAGAGGCAGGUGAACAACCAUGGUUAGUAAAGUUUGAAGAAGAUCAGCAAUUAGAAAAAAAAAAGGCUCAAAAAGUUGUUCAAGCAAUAAAUCAUUCUAACAUUUCACGAAGAGGAUAUAGAGCUUUAACGACUACUUCACAAGAUUUGCCAAAAGAAUGGCUACUGCAAACAUCAAAUAGUGACCCGAAUAAUGAAAAUAGUGACUCAAAUAGUGAGGAUAAUAACUCAGAUAGUGAAGAUAGUGACUUAGAUAGUUAA